UGUUCCAUACUGGUUUAUACUGGUCUAUACUGGUUCAUACUGGUUUUCCCCUCUCAGAUCCUUCACUACAGCCCCGAGGAGGGCGAGUGGGUGGCUCCUGGCCCCUUCCAGGGGCUGCUGGCCUGGAACGGCUCGCGGGGCACGCGGGACCUGCAGGAUUUGUCGCUGUGGCUGCGCUCGGUGCAGCGCGAACACGCCGGCGCCUACGUGUGCGGCCUGCGGCGCAACCUGACCUUCGAGGGCUACACCUACAGCCUGGCCAGGAACCAGAGCCUGCGGCUGGCCGUGGUGGAGAAAGCGCGCCGUGACCUGGCGUCCAUCGUCUCCGAGAUCCUCAUGUACGUUCUCAUCGUGGUCCUCACGCUCUGGCUCGCCGCCGAGAUGCUCUACUGCUACCGCAAGGUGGCGGCCGCCGCCCCGCCCCCCGACAGCGCGUGAGUGGGCGUGGCCGGAAGGGGCGUGGCCUCGAUGG